AGUAGGCUCGUAGCACUAGAGACAGGGGAGCGCAAUCAUUCCCUGUCCAUAAAACCAGACAUGGUCGUGCUAAUCCAUGGCAGCCGAGCUCCAAAGACGAAAAAAAAAGCUUCCUUUCUCCUUUCUCUUCCCUCGAAGCUCCUCCCAAAGCUUCCUUCCUUCCCCCGCACAGCUUCCAUUGUUUAAACCAGCCACAAAACUUGCUCCUUUACGCACAGGACAAGACAUGUCUUCCAUUCCUCAGCCCACAGUGCUGUAUCCUCAGCCAUUGUCGGCGUCUGCCCACUCCAACGGCUCCUAUGGCCCCGUCUUCGCCGUUCUGGCGGCAAUCGCCGUGCUUUCCGUUGCAGCAUGUAUCGUUGCAAGGCUCUGCGCUCGCCGCAUCUGUCAGCCGAGUGCAGGAACGGACAAAGGAGAUGUUGAGAACAGGUUUGAUUUCUCCGGAUUUCCUGCAGGCAAGCUGGCCAGGCAUGGCGUGAGGUCUGAAGCUGCAUGGCAUGGGGGUAAGAAAGGGGAGGGUGCUGCAAAACAUGCAGAGAUUAAUGGAGCCAAAUCAGGGGGUUAUGUGGGAGGAAGCGCAGGAGCUGCAAGGGCAAGUGCGUGAUGAUGGGAGUUUGUAGUUUUUAAAUCUCUAAGACGUUUUAGUUUUUUGUUUUGAUUUCAGCUUGAGGAAGCAUUCUUCUACUUCAAUUACUUGUAUGCAUUUGUUUUUUGAUGUGUAGUUUGCCAUGGAAUGUAUCUGAUAGAAGUAAUAAAACA